AUUCGCUGCAAAACUUUUUUAACAAGAACACACCACCAAGUGAAGCAAAUUGCUAAGAUGGUAGAUCAACUGGAGGAUUCGGUUAUUGACACCAAUUACGAUGAGGUUAUUGAUACCUUCGAUGACAUGAGUUUGAAGCCGGAGCUUCUCCGUGGUAUCUAUGCCUAUGGUUUUGAGCGUCCCUCUGCUAUUCAACAAAGGGCCAUCAUGCCUAUUUUGGGUGAGCGCGAUGUUCUUGCUCAAGCUCAAUCCGGUACUGGUAAGACUGCCACCUUCUCUAUCUCUGUCUUGCAAAAGAUUGACACAAGCUUGAAGCAAUGCCAAGCCCUUAUCCUUGCUCCUACUCGUGAGCUUGCUCAACAAAUCCAAAAGGUUGUUGUUGCUUUGGGUGAUUUGAUGAAUGUUGAAUGCCACGCCUGUAUUGGUGGUACUCUUGUUCGUGACGAUAUGGCUGCUUUGCAAGCUGGUGUCCACGUCGUUGUCGGUACUCCUGGUCGUGUUCACGACAUGAUUCAACGUCGUGCCCUCCCCACUGACGCUGUUCAAAUGUUCGUCCUUGACGAAGCUGAUGAAAUGUUGUCUCGUGGUUUCAAGGAUCAAAUCUACGACAUCUUCCAACUUUUGCCCCCUAGUGCUCAAGUUGUCUUGCUUUCUGCUACUAUGCCUCAAGAUGUUUUGGAAGUCACCACCAAAUUCAUGCGUGACCCUAUCCGUAUUCUUGUGAAGAAGGAUGAACUUACCUUGGAAGGUAUUAAACAAUUCUACGUCGCAGUUGAGAAGGAAGAGUGGAAGCUCGAUACUCUUUGCGACCUUUAUGAGACUGUCACAGUUACUCAAGCUGUCAUUUUCUGCAACACUCGUAGAAAGGUUGACUGGCUUACUGAGCAACUCACUGAGCGUGACUUCACUGUCUCUUCCAUGCACGGUGAUAUGGACCAAGCUCAACGUGAUACUUUGAUGCACGAGUUCCGUACUGGAUCUUCUCGUAUCCUCAUUACCACUGACUUGCUUGCUCGUGGUAUUGAUGUCCAACAAGUCUCUUUGGUCAUUAACUAUGAUCUCCCUGCUAACCGCGAAAACUACAUUCACCGUAUUGGUCGUGGUGGUCGUUUCGGACGUAAGGGUGUUUCUAUUAACUUUGUUACCAACGAAGAUGUUCGUAUGAUGCGUGAAAUUGAGCAAUUCUACAACACCCACAUUGAAGAGAUGCCCAUGAACAUUGCUGAUUUGAUUUAAAAGUGUUUUAAAAGUUUCCGUGCACUAGACGCCAUCGAUUUUCUUUGUCUGCUUCCUAUUCUUACGAUUCGAUAGGUUGGAAACACCAUUUAUUAAUUUAUCUCUUUUUCUUUGCCUUACGUUCUUAAUACUUCUUUUAUAUGUGUGCGCUUGGGAGAUCUCGGUAUUGAUCCCCAAGGAUGAGUUGUAGUGUCUUUGCUUAGAAGAAUGUUUGGUUUUUCUAGCGCACUGUUGUCUGCUUAUGUUUGCACAAUAAAAGGCUGGAUUGGUUGAUUAUAAAUUUUUUUUGUUUUAGAUCUGCGCAGAUUGUAC